CAUUACUGAGGGAAUGUUAUGUGAAAAUGUUAUUUAAAAGUAUAGAUACCAUGUGUAGCCUUCACAUGUCUGUCACAUACAGUUCCUAUGCCAGACUAAUGUGCACAUUUGCAUAUUUUCAUACAGCAGCACAUGUCUGUUCUGCAAUGCUUUGCUUUGCCAUCUGAGUGUGUACGACUGCAUAUUUUUAGUUGGAGAGCAUGUGUAGAACGAUUGGGAUGUAUAUAGACCAUUUUCAUUUGUUGGUUUAUAUUUUGCAGAACUGAUCUUGCGAAGAAUUUAUUGCUAUUGCUCAGUGGCAGAAGGGAAAUGGCUGGCAAGAAGAAAGAAAUUCCGUUUCAGACCACAAUAACCAAUCAAGAACAGUGGGAUGAAAUGCUGCAGAUAAAGGGUAUAGUAGUAAUAGAUGUGUAUCAAGCUUGGUGUGGUCCUUGCAAAGCUGUGCAGAAUUUAUUGAAAAAACUAAGGAUCGACUUUAGUGAAGACAAUGUGCUACAUUUUGCCGUGGCAGAAGCUGAUAGCAUUGAAAUUCUGAAACCAUUUAGGAAGAGCUGUGAACCUGUGUUUCUUUUUAGUGUUCAUGGUAAAAUUCUUGCAAUGGUGAAAGGUGUAAAUGCUCCCCUCAUAACUAAGAUAGUAACAGAUUUAGUGCAAGAAGAGAGGGAAAUUGCAGCUGGAGAGAAGGAACGUGCUGAGGUAGAAGAAAUAAUUUUUCCUGAGGAAGGUUCAUCAGAAGAGUCUGAUGAGGAGGAAGAAGUACUCACUUAUUCUGUUGGAAUUAUAAAACCUGAUGAUGUCUUAGCAGGACGUGUAGAAGAAAUUAAAAAGAAGAUUAAAGAUGCAGGAUUUGACAUUAAAGCAGAUGAGGAGAGAAUGCUUACUGAAGAGCAAAUCAGAGUAUUUUAUGCCCGGAAGAAAGAAGAGCCUGACUUUGAUGCAUUUGUUCAAUUCAUGAAGAGUGGACCAUGCCAUGUUUUGAUAAUCACAAAAAAAGAAUCAACUGAUGCUAUUCCUCAAUGGAUAGACCUACACAAAACAAGUGAGUCUGCUGAGCCUGAGGAGCCAAUCAAAUUGCCAGGACUCAAGGAAACUGAGAGUCUGGUAAAUUUAUGUGAUGUGCAAGACAGUAUUGAAGAUGCCAGCAGACAGCUUGCAUUCUUUUUCCCAAACUUUAAUAUAAGUACAGCAAAACAUCCCAUUGAAAGGACUUUGGCCAUAAUUAGACCUACUCUCUUGAAGGAAAGGCGAAAGUCCAUCAUUCAAAGGAUACAGGAUGAUGGUUUCCAAAUAGCAAUGCAGAAAGAAAUAAUUCUAUCUGAGGACCAAGUACGUACAUUUUACAAAGAGCAUGUAGAUCAAGACUACUUCCCAGUCCUUCUAGAGCAAAUGACCAGUGGUCCAACACUUAUAUUGGCUCUGACAGGAGAAAAUGCUGUGUCACACUGGAGAAGUUUACUAGGCCCAAAGAUCCUUGAAGAGGCUAAGGAAAAUCCAGAGAGUUUGCGUGCACAGUAUGCCAUUGAAAAUGUACCUAUCAAUCAGCUGCAUGGCAGCUCUACACCCAGCGAUGCUCAGAAGGAACUAGAGUUCUUCUUCCCUGAGGAACAAACCUUUGCAUUAAUCAAACCUGAUGCUGCUAAGACUCAUAAAGAUGAAAUUAUGAAAAAAGUUAAAGAGGCUGGGUUUAGCAUCUCAAAGGUAAAAGAACAAGCUUUAACUCGUGAAAUGGCUGCACACUUUUACAAGGAUCAUGAAGGAAAACCCUUUUAUGAAGAGUUGGUGAAUUUUAUGACACAGGGUCCAUCAGUGAUAAUGGUCUUAUCAAAGGAAAAUGCUGUGGAAGAAUGGAGGAAACUAAUGGGUCCAACCAAUCCAGAAGAAGCAAAGAAGACCUCCCCUAAGUCAAUUCGGGCUCAGUUUGCGCAUGAUAUUUUGUCUAAUGCUGUUCAUGGUUCAUCUAAUGUAGAACAUGCAGAGAGAAGCAUUCAGUUUGCAUUUGGAGAGCUGGAUGCAGACUAAACAAUUCAGAGACAGUCUCUGAAAAUUGAUAUUCAUGUAAUUAGAUGGAUUUGUCUAUCCAACCACUAUAUUUAAGGCUACAUAAACACACUUAUUUUUCUUCAGUGUCCAUCCAAUUUUAGUUGGGCAGGUUUUGUUAUCAGCUCUUCCAUAUUGCAAAACAUAGCAAUGUAACAAGUAACACCUGCUAGGAGUUUGACACUAGUAAUGGUUUCUUUAUGUAUGCUUAGUAGAUGUUUUUUCCUUUUAUCAUUUUAACAGAUUUAUGCAUUUCCAAUAGUUCCAGGAUUCUAAAGUGUUUGGUGUAUAGCUACCUUAAAAUGAGCUAGGACAAGGGUCAAGGAAGGUGAUUAAAACACUAUUAAUGGCACGUCCACUGGUGAUGUGGCUCAAGUUCUGCAGUUCCAAAUGUGAGCCAAAUGGGGCUCCUGGGCCCACUGGCCAACUGCAUAUGUGUGCAUCCCUGGUGGGACUGCUCUGGGCUAUUAAAGUCUAUUGAUUCCCUCAGGCCCCUGAAAGACAUUUGUAUUGUUUAUUCAUCCUUUUCCUAAUUAUCUUCUAAGGAUUGCUGUCACAGAUAGGAUAAUAAACUAACAGUUUGUUUCCAGUCCAUUUUCUUAAUUCAAAUAUAUCAGAGGAACUAAAAAGCCAUCUUUUACAUAAAAGCUAUUCUUGACAUGCACCUCCUUGCCAAACUAGCGAGUUCAUACCCUGUCCAGUCUAACUUGGCUGGCCUUCAUGAAGAACACAAAUAUUAUUCUGUAGCUGAUGUAGUCUCACUUUUACUGUCUAAGUCUGUUGAAGGUUGAGAUUCUAAAGAAUGGCAUUCACUUAAAGCAAUUUACUUACAUAAUUGAUUUUAAUUGUGAAGUCUAGAAAGAAAAAAGUCCUUCUCAUACUUUCUUUAUUGUUCCCAUUGUAUGUAGUACAACUAGCUGCUAUAAUGAGCUUCCUGACAAAUAUUUCUGCUGUGAUGGGGCAUUUGUUAUUAUAGACAUUCCUACAGCAGAAGUUGGACUGUGCAUUCUCCUGGUGGCCCAUUUUCACCUACAGCUGCUUUACUGCCACAAACUCAGCUUGAGGUUUGCUAGCCUGUAGGAGGUUGUAAUUAGUGCAGAAUUUCUAUGUCACCUCAGAGAGGUGAGUUCUGAGAAACAUACUUCAGGAUUCCUGUAUGAUCUUUGGCUUCUUUUUUACUUCAAAAACUCAUUAAAACUGUUCUUCCUGGCAUUA